AUGUCAAACUAUUCAAGGAGGAAACCUGUUCCUGAACAAGACAACGGGGAUUCCUCUUUUCCAUUAAAAAAUAAUAAACCCGCAACUGAUUUGAGCUUUAUGAAUCAACCUCCGAGGAUGCCUACAAAAUCUCCUUUAAGAAAUUCCAGUUCUUCAACUCCAACAAGUGGUUCAACUCAAACCACAAUAAUUCAACCGGUUAUGAGUACAAUGUCGAUAUCUAGUGCAGUGUCGCCUACAACUUCAACUGUUCGUACACGUCCUACAGUAGAUACCGCAUCGGUAGAUCGCGAAUUACUAAGUCCCGAAAAAAAGGACUACGAAGAAAGUAUUAGAUCGUUACAAUCAAGAAGACGUGGUUCUGACCAUAGUUAUAAGCCAAUAUCACCAAUUUCUGGAGUGUUCUCUGAUAACAUAAAUACUACUUCACCGCCACUUUCUCCAAAAAUUAAACCGCCGUCUUUAAAUAUCGCUAGUGAUUUACUUUCUUCGUCUGAAGCCAUGCUUGCUUCUACUACUUCUCCAAAAUUUCCUCCUGGAACUUCAUUGUUGGAUACUACCGAUGAAAUGUUAAUUCAAUUACUAGUUUCUCAAGCUAUAAUAGACGCGAAGGAUUUUGAUAUUUUAAGUUUAGAAGAGGUUGAGGAAUUAAAAAAGGAUUACUCAUUGUUGACAACGCGUAUUACAGCUUUAACAUCUAAACUUUCUCUUGAAUCAAAAAUUCGAGAAGCUGCUAGCUCACUUGCUCGACUUCAUGCCUCUAAUAGAAGAUUAUCACGUCAGGCAACGGAUCAUCUUUCUGCUGCUAAUCGUAAAGUUGAUCAAGUUGCUACAGAACUUUGGAAGUUGACACAACGCGCUGGGGAAGUGCAAAGGAAAUUAUUGCAACAUAUGGCUGGAAUUCUUAGUACGGGUAUUUGUAAACUAGAAGAGAAACAUAUAAUGGGUAUAAAUUCUAAUGGUUCGGAUCCUAUAUUAGUAGAAAAGGUAUCUAGUUUAGAAACUUCACUUCAUAAUGCUCAUCAGACACUUGCGGAAGCUAGAAUGGCGAUUAAACGAAAAGACAAAGAAAUUGAGGAAUUAAGGGCUAAAAUUGAUGAUAGUGCAACAGAAACUAGAGAAAGAACUAUUGCCGAACUGAGAACUGAAUUAGAAGAGGUUGGAAGCCGGUUGGAUAUCUUGUUGAGAAAACACAAAGCAAACAGUGGAAAAAACAGUACGUCUUCUGACAAUGAAGACUCUGAUGAAUCUGAUUCGGGUAACUCUACUUUUUAUCGUCUCUCUACUAUGACGACGGCUACGCAACAUCUUCAAAAAGAACAAUACAGGAACAUAUCUGAGAAUCUAAGUGCCUUGGAAAAAGCUCUAGAAGCUUAUGCAUUUCGGGUAUAUAAAAGUGAACAGGAGAUAAAUUCAACUAAAAAUAACACUGAUGAUGAAAAUUCUCAAAGCCAAUUGCAAGAAGCAUUGAAUAAUUUGAAACAUGCAGAGGAGAAAGUAGAGACAGAACGAAAGAAAGUUAAAAAUAUGGAAAAUGAGAUAUUUGAGUUACAGGCAAAAGCAGAACGUGUUCAAGACCUUGAAGAUCAAAUUAAGGAGAUGGAGCGGAAAAAUCGAGCCAAAGGCGUGAAUGAAACAAGUAAUGAUACAAAUGCUGAAUUUAAAUUGAAAAAGACAGAAAGGGAAUAUGAUGAAAUAAUGGAAGCUCUAAAGAAAUCAUUUUCAAAUCUACCAUCUGAUAGAUCUGAAGAUAAUAAAAUAAGAAUUUCAAAAGAAGCUAUAAUUUCACGUAUUCAAAGAGUUGGUGAUGAAAAUAAAAGAUUAAUGGAUCAAAUUUCACACCUACAAUCACGAAUGCACGAUCAGACAAUGAAAUUAAAGGAUCAAGAUAACUUAAAGCAGGAACUUGAAGAUACUCUAAUUGAGCUUGAAAACUCAAAAACCAGAGUAAUAGAGCUUGAAGAUAAAGCUCAAAAUGCAAUAUCUCGAGCUGCUUCGACAAACGAAAAGCAAUCAGACUUACGUAGUGAGUUAGAAAAUUUACGUGAGCGGCUCAGUACAAGCCAGGAAAAAGUGCGAAAAUAUGAAGCAAUUCUAAAACGUCAAUCGGUCAUUCAAAUUGUCGAUAAUGGGACAUCAAUUAAAGAAGAAUAUCAACAACAAUUGGCUGCACAAGAACAAGAAUAUGAAGCACAGAUUAAGGAACGUGAUGCUUUAAUUUCAAAACUUCGAUCUAAUUUAUCACAUAAUACUACCGAAAAGGAUAAUUUGUCGCAAGUUGUAAAGGACUUGGAAGAUAUGUUAAAAUCUAAAUCUAGAACAUUAGAUAAAAGAGAAGUGACGAUAAGUCGACUAGAAGGAGAUGUUGUUCGGCAUAAGUCAGAGCUUGCCGAGUUAAAAGCUGCUACUGAUGGUAUGUCACGUUUUAAUAGAGGUAGUAGUCGUACCUCGUCACAAGUUGAUGAAGAACAAGAGUUGAAUCAAUUACGAUCAACUAAAUCAAAACUCGAACAGGAAGUUAGGAAACUUAAAGCAAAUUUAGCCAUUACUCAGAACCAAUUUUCAGAGCGUGAAGAUGCAUUGGAAAAGAGAUCAGAAACGAAUCAAAAUGAACUGGAUGGUAUUUUACGUGAAUUUGAUCGACUGACACGUAAUUUCAUUGAUUUUGAUACUGAACGGCACAAACUUCAAAAUAAUAUCGAUCAACUACAAUCCAAAUGUGAGGCUUUAGAAAAUGAAUUAGCAGACGAAAAGAUCAAACAUUUAGGAAUGGAUGGAAAUGAACCAGUAACGACAGCAACUAUGCGAAAAGAAUUUAGAAAGAUGAUGGCAGAUUCACGAGAGGAACAAACAAAAUUAUUACGACGAGAAACAGAUGAAAGGAAAAAAUUGGAGGCUACAGUAAGAAAUCUCAAGAGAGAAAAAGAAGCAGUAAAAUGGGAAAAGACCCCCACCAUAUCCAUGCAAGAAUGGGAAAAAUGGUGA